AUGUCCUUCACUAUCUCAGCCGUCACAUACGAUGAUGCUGCUGGAGUUUCAAAGAACAACGUGACGGACUUCUACCAUACCGAUACUCAUUGGCGUGCACUCUGGAGAUCGAUGCCCUUGGAUGAGAUCAUCGAAGGUGCCACUGCUCGCAUGCCCCAUAGCCUCCUCAGCGGUAGGGAAAAGAAACGACACCAGAAAGCCGUUCACGCCGAUAGUAGUGAAAUUAUGAGCUACGCAUGGUGGAUCCUGCCCGAUGAUGAUAAUCGCAUCUCUUGGACCGAAGCAGCUGUUCGCGAACCCUCGCAAGAGGAAGCUGAUAAGUUCCAAACAGCCUUCCAGGCCAACACCAAGGGCGGUUCAAUCAAGGGUGUGGACGAAAACCUACAAGCUGCUCUGGGACUGACGCUUGAGGAGGCCGAGGUUGCCGCAAUGCGAUCACAAGAGGAUCCAUUUCUAGUUCUAGGCUAUCUCGCGGUGCAUUCAGCUUAG